UCGGGCGAGUGCGGGAGACUCAUUUCCCGUUUGUUCUCCUUUAUCCGGGGAAGAGAUUUCAGAGACUGCUGCUCGCUGUUCCAUCGCACCCCCUAUGUUCAGGAUGCCCCGGGCCUGAGCCACCUGGACGGGGCAGCUUGCGGGCUGCUCCCGGGGAAGCUGCCGGCCAGCUGAAGGCGAUGUUGCGGUGGGCGGUGCACCUGGAAGGUGGUCCGCGGAGGGUGAACCAUGCAGCGGUGGCUGUGGGGCACAAGGUCUACUCCUUCGGGGGGUACUGCUCAGGCGAGGACUACGAGACACUCCGACAGAUUGACGUGCACAUCUUUAAUGCGGUUUCACUUCGCUGGAUGAAGCUCCCGCCUUUCCGAUCGGAGCGGAAAGAUCAGUCGCCUCAGCUGCCGUACAUGAGGUACGGCCACACUGCCGUACUGGUCGAUGAUGCCAUCUACAUCUGGGGCGGAAGGAAUGACACUGAAGGAGCGUGCAACGUCUUGUACGAAUUCGACAUCCACUCUCACAGCUGGUCCACACCGAAGGUCCACGGCUCGAUUCCUGGAGCUCGGGAUGGGCACUCUGCCUGUGCUCUGGGCAAAUCCAUGUUCAUCUUUGGGGGCUACGAACAGCUGGCUGACUGCUUUUCCAAUGAUAUCCACCGUCUCGACACCGUGACAAUGACAUGGACCCUGGUGAAUGCAAAGGGAAUCGCGGCCAGGUGGAGAGACUUCCACUCAGCCACAGUGUUGGGCAGCCGGAUGUACGUGUUUGGGGGCAGGGCCGAUCGCUUUGGACCUUUCCACUCCAACAACGAGAUCUACUGCAACCGCAUCGAGGUGUUCGACAUGGAGACCAACCACUGGCUGGAGUUGCCCACCGCCCAGCUACUGCCGGAGGGACGGCGCAGCCAUUCUGCCUUUGCCUACAACAGUGAGCUGUACAUCUUCGGAGGGUACAAUGCACGGCUCGACCGGCACUUUAAUGACCUGUGGAAGUACAAUCCCGAGACAGCGAUGUGGCGGAAGGUGGAGCCCAAGGGGAAGGGGCCCUGUCCCCGCAGGAGGCAGUGCUGCUGCAUGGUGGGAGACAAAGUCAUCCUCUUCGGAGGCACCAGUCCGUGCCCGGAGCAAGGAAUGGGUGAUGAGUUCAACCUGAUGGAUCACUCUGACCUCUAUAUCCUGGACUUUUGUCCCAGUCUGAAGACCUUGUGCAAGCUGGCCGUGAUUCAGUACAGCUUGGAUCAGUCCGUACUCCCUCACGACAUCAGACGCUGACUGACCUGCUGAGUGUUUCCAGCAUUUUGUUUUGAUCUCAGACUCCCAGCACCUGCAGUAGUUUUUUAAUUUUCACUUGACUGUAAAUUAAUUUAAUGUGGUUAUUCUGAGGUUCUUUGGAGUAUAGACUUUAGACAUACUUCAUAAAAACAGGCCCUUCGCCCACUCAGUCUGUGCUCACAAUGUCAUGUGAUAGGAGUAGAAUUAGGCCCAUCAUGUCUACUUUAUGGCUGAUCUAUCUCUCCCUCUGAACCCCAUUCUCCUGCUUUCUUCCCAUAACCUCUGACACCUGUACUAAUCAAGAAUCUAUCUAUCUCUGCCUUAAAAAUAUCCACUGACUUGGCCUCUACAGCCUUCCGUGGCAAAGAAUUCCACAGAUUCACCACCCUCUGACUAAAUAAAUUUCUCCUCAUCUCCUUCCUAAAGGAAUGCUCUUUAUUUCUAAGGCUAUGAUGUCUAGUCCUGGACUCUCCCACUAGUGGAAACAUCCUCUGCACAUCCACUCUAUCCAGGCCUUUCACGAUUCUGUACGUUUCAAUGAGGUCCCCUUCAUCAUUCUUGUAAACCUCCUCUGGACCCUCUCCAGAGCCUACACAUCCUUCCUCCAAUACGGUGCCCAAAAUUGCUCACAAUAUUCCAAAUACGGCCUUAUCAGCGCCUUAUAGGGCCUCAGCAUUACAUCCCUGUUUUUGUAUACAAACCCUCUUGAAAUAAAUGCUAGCAUUGAGUUUGCUUUUUUUUACCAUUGAUUUGAUUUGCAGAUUAACAUUUCGGGAAUCCUGCACCAGCACUCCCAAGUCCCUUUGUACCUCCAAUUUCUGAAUUCUCAGUGACCAGUGAACAAUAGUCACCCAUAUAUAUGUUUAUUCUACACAAUAGGGACAAUUUACAAUUUUUACAGAAGCCAAGUAACCUACAAACCUGUACGUCUUUAGGUCAUGGGAGAAAACCAGAGCACCCAGGGAAAACACAGGGUGAAUGUACAAACUAUGUAUAGACAGCACCUGUAGUCAAAAUCGAACCUGGGUCUCUGGAGCUGUAAGCCAGCUGAGCCACUGAGCCAACCUAAAUUACAGGUUUCAAAUUACAAUUACCGAGGAAAAGAAAAGUUGGUCAAAAAAUGUUUUCUGAAUAAUUUGAGUGAUUCAGAUGCUUCUAGCAUAAACCCUUAGGGUAGGAAAUGAUUAUAGUGCCAUAGAGUCCUACAGUGUGGAAACAGGCCCUUUGGGAGAACUGGGGAUGGGGACUGGACAUUGUGCCUUCCCCCACAGUGGUAACCAUUGUGGGGGGAUGAUUUUUGUGUGUAAGUGAUUAUUUUAGUUUGUGUCCAAGAUGGCUGUCGGAAGGGAGAGUGGUCGCUAGCGCGGUUUAGCUGCCGCUGCUCUCUCUUCACAUUGUGUUUUUGAUUUUUUUUUGUCUUUGGAUCGAAUUCUGUCUUUAAUUUGUGUAUUGGUGAUGUCUUUAUUAUUUAUUUUACUCCGAUUAUAUGUUUUUUACUCUUGUUAAAUUCUGUAAGGUGUCCUUGAGACUUUUGAAAGGCGCCCGAAAAUAAAAUUUAUUAUUAUUAUUUGUCGCAA